CCCAUUUGAUGCAUCUCUUUCUCGUCCUUUCUUGGCUUUACUCUUCCUUUUUUCAAAUUCCAUUUUUCUUUUAGGGUUAAAGCUUCCUUCUUUUCAUCUCCAAACACUAUUAUUACCUUACAAAUCAUUCAUCUCCACACAGCUUCUUCCUUCUUUUUAGAUAUUUUUUGAGAAAUUUCACAGAUUUAUCAUUUCUAGGGUUCUACAAUUGACUCUGUUUGUGUCUUUAUCUUAGAUUUUAGCCUUGUGGGUCUCUUUCUUGUUCUGUUUCUUUACGUUAAUGGUGUGAAAGUUUAAACCUUUCCCUCUCUCUGUAUCUACAAUGGCUGAGAUCAAGAUCACAAAAACAGAGCAAGUGCAAACCAAGAUCAGAACUGUUCCAGUAGCUGUGACUCCUGAAGGCUUCUGGUGUUGCCCUUCUCCUGUAGCUUUCCAAAAGACUCUCAAAUCUCACAACUCCCUCCACAAACCCAAACACUCUCCUCCUCAGAAGCCCCCGGAGAAGGAGAAGGAGAAGGAGAAGAAACCCUCCUCGACCACUAUUAGAUCCGUCAUAGCUUCAGACGAGCAACAACAACAACAACAACAGAGUAGUAACCCACCAGAGACCCAUCAUCACAGUAUCGCUGUUCCUGUGACGGUUCAAGAGAGACAUCCACAGAGGCCUAAGGUUGAGACUUUACCGAGGAAAGUAGCCAUCGAGUUCGGUGAACCUGGAACUAGUGACGCUAAAGUGAUUCUUGUAGGGAAGCAAGGCUUCUGCGUGAAGCUGAGUGUUCAUAAGAGAGUCUUGGUUGAUCAUAGUAGUUUCUUUGCUAAGAAACUCUCUGAGAAAGACUCUGUUUUCGCUUGUCUUGAGAUUGAGAGCUGUGAAGAUGCUGAGAUUUACGUUGAGACCGUUGGGCUUAUGUAUUGUAAAGACAUGAAGCAAAGGCUUAUGAAACAGAACGUUAGCAGAGUCCUUCGUGUCCUCAAGGUUGCAGAGCUUCUUGGUUUCAGUUCUUGUAUUCAAUCUUGUUUGGAUUAUUUAGAAGCUGUGCCUUGGGUUGGUGAAGAAGAAGAGGAGAAAGUGAUCUCGGCCAUUCUUAGGUUAAAGACAGAAGGUGUUGGUGUUAGUCCUGUACUCAAAAGAGUUGCUGCUUCCACUUCUGUGGAUCCACCUAAAGAGACUCUCUCACGCAUCAUCGACCUUGUGUUGAGAAGCAAAGAGGAGAAGAGCCGUCGUGAGAUGAAAUCUAUCGUCCUGAAGCUUCUCAGGGAACAGAAUGGGAACAAUGUAGCUGAUAACUUCAACGAGACAAUCUAUUCCUCUUGCCAGAACUGUUUAGACUCGGUCUUGUCUCUGUUCAGACAAGGUGAGACUGAUACUAAACAGAUAGGUUUAGAAGCUGAUAACCUCACGUGGCUGCUUGAUGUUUUGGUUGAAAGACAAGCAGCAGAGGAGUUUUCAGUCACGUGGGCAAACCAAAAGGAGCUAGCUUCGUUACACGAGAAGCUUCCUUUAGUGUCUCGUUACCAUAUAAGCCGCGUAACAUCUAGGCUCUUUGUAGGGAUAGGGAGAGGAGAGAUGUUGCCUUCGAAAGACACUAGGCUUCUGCUGUUGACCACGUGGUUGCAGCCUUUGUUCAAGGACUAUAACUGGCUGCAACAUGGUUGCAGAUCGUUUGAUGGGAAGCUUGUGGAGGAAGGAAUAGGGAGGACGAUAUUGACGUUGCCAUUGGAAGAUCAGCAGAGGAUUUUGAUGUCUUGGCUUGGGAGUUUCUUGAAUGGUGGAGAUGGUUGUCCGAAUCUUCAGAGAGCUUUUGAGGUUUGGUGGAGAAGAUCUUUUGUUAGACCUUACUCAGAUCGUCAGGGUAAUAGUGGUGGGGUGUCUCAGACAGAGUCGACUUCCUCAAAAGAGUGA